AUGAGAGCAUGUGACGUCUGUCGGAAGAAAAAGCAGAGAUGCGUCACCUUACACGGGUCUUCGAGCUGCUUGACCUGCCAGGCUGCCGGUCUAUCUUCAUGCACAUUCUUGCAACCUCCUCCGCCAAAACGACGUGCUACUGCGGGAAACACAAAGGAGUUUACUGCUAGAAAGUCCCGCGGCCGAGGCCCCUCAGAGGAGCCGUCAUCAGUAUCACCUAAUUCCAUAUUAGACCAUGAACUCGACUACCCCAAGGAAUCAAUCCUGACAAAGACCCUAGGUCUUGAAAAGAGCCGCUUCUCAGAACUCAUUGGACCUGGUGGCGAGCAUGACUCUUACUUGUUACAAACAGCUCAAGCUCGCUCCUUAUCGCGGCCGUCAGGAGAUGGCGAUCACACGACAAUAUCCAGUGGAAUGCUUAGUCCGACGGCGAUGCGAAGGGUUCAUGAAAAUGUCUUUUUUCAGAUGGCACCCGACGCUGAAGUCUCGCAGAGCCUCCGAAAAGACGACACGUGGGAUGAAGUCAGCGUCGAUGAUGUUGAGUCUCUUGUGCGUCCACACGGUGCGACAUUGAUCAAGCUGUACUUUCGCAUUGUACACCCAUCGUUCCCCAUUUUACACAAAAAUGUAUUCGUGGAGAAAUACAACCGGACAUAUCGAGAGAUUACCCCGCAUCUUCUAGCUGCUGUCUAUGCGUUGGCUGUUUGCUGGUGGUCUUAUGAUCCAGAUCUCUUGUUACAAGAGAAGAUAAACGAGGCUGCUCUGGUUAGAAUUGCCCAUCACGCCGUACAGGAUGCCAUCCAUCGGCCUCGUUUAAACACUAUACAGGCUGGCCUUUUACUGCUGCAGCGUCAUCGUAAUCCAUUGUUUAUGGACAACUCCUGGAUGUGGUCUUUCACUACGUCACUAUUGGGCCUGGGCCAGCAUCUUGGGCUCCAUCUAGACUGCUCGAGUUGGGACAUUCCAGAGUGGGAAAAGGGGCUUCGAAAGCGACUAGCUUGGGCUUUAUUUACCCAAGACUCGUUCUCAGCGCUGGUCCUUGGGCGGCCUUGCCUUAUUUCCGAAGCAACCGACUGGAUCGUGAAGCCACUACAAAGCACCGAUUUUUCAGAAGGUGCUGGCGAUGAGGAGGCAAGUGACCAGAUUGGAAGCGUUAGUAUUGAGAACGGGAAGACUUUAUUCAUGGAGUUAGUAAGCUUAAGUCGCAUCACGGCACGCAUGCUGCGUGAGCUCUACUCAAUCAGAUCUCUUGCAGAAGUGCUAGAACCCCAACAAGUGCUCGCUAUUGCGAAGCCAUUGGGAACUGAUCUUGCUCAAAUGCUCAAAAGCCUCCCUGAAGUAUUAAGUCUAGAUAAUAUAGAACCUGGAAAGCUGUGUGUGAAUGGAUUCCUCCAUCUUGCGCUGCAUGCAACAACUGCAGCACUACAUCGGCGCCUGCUUUGGGCUAUACAGCAAUCAAAAUCUGAGAUUGACCCACAGUUUACCCAAUUCAUUCGCAAAAUGCUUCGGACCCGGGCACACAGUCUUGUCCAAUUUAUAUCUCAUCUUCGGCCAGAGCAUAUGGAAGCCUUUUGGUUUUUUGCUGCUGGAGGAUGUGCGACUAUACUGGGAGGCUUUCUCGGUCUUCUCCGCACUACAAGUGCCACCAUGGAGGAAUCGGAGGACCUUCAAAAGCUCAUGAAAGAAUUUGAAUGGCAGCUUCGAAUGAAAGCGAAGAUGAGUGAUUGGGUAUCCUACACCUUGACUCGACUUCGUGCACUUGGAUGGGACGAUUGGAAAAACUCCAAACUCGCAUUUCCAGAGUCUGCUCCAAACAUAUCUUUUGAAAACGAAAGUGGCGAUACUGAGAGAUAUAAUGUUUUAUCUGGAGAAAUAGAAGAGAACGUCGCCAUCUCACCAUUUUCAAUUCAGUCACUUUCUGCAGCUUUUAUCGACCUUGACAACAUCAUGUUGUGGACCAUUCCCGAUUCGAAUGGUUCUGUUUAUGAUUUUAUACCCCCUGGAACGUGA